AGUGCUCCGCGCAUGAGCAAUUCCACCUCCCCGCAGCAGCCGCCAUUCUCCGUCUCGCUCCCCGGCGGAGAGAGGACUCAGGCGCCUCCAGUCCGCUCGGCGCCGCGGAGGGCGGGGCCUGGAAUCUGCGCGGGCCGGGAGCUGAGGCCGAGCCCCUGCAGGUGAUUCCUGACUGCAAGAUAAGGUCUCUUAUGACUUCUGUCUUCCAACUUUCCCUGUUCUGACUUCAUAGUUUCUAUACUUUCCAAUAGCAGCAGAAAAUGAACAAGUUCCGGGGACCAGUAACAUUCAAGGAUGUUACUGUGGAAUUCACCCAGGAGGAGUGGCAGUUGCUGGAUGCUGCUCAGAGGACCCUGUAUAGGGAAGUGAUGCAGGAGAACUAUCAUCACCUCAUCUCAGUGGGUUAUUGUGUGAAUAAGCCAAAUGCAGUCUUCAAGUUGAAGCAAGGAAAAGAGCCAUGGAUAUUAGAAGUAGAAUUUCCACGUCGGAACUACCCUGAAGACCUAUGGAAUACUCAUGACCAAGGAGCAAGAUACCAGGAAAGCCAAGCUAAAAAUUCAAGGAAUGGAGAACUCACAAAACAUCAGAAAACUCAUACCAAUGAGAAAGCCUAUAAAUGCAAUGAAUGUGGAAAGUCCUUCUGCCAGAAGUCUGUCCUCAUAAUACAUGAGCAUACUCAUUCAAAGGACAAACCCAGUGAAUGUGGGAAAUCUGUCUCUCGGAAUGGAGACCUCACAAGACAACAGAAAACUCCUACCAGAGAGAAGAUCUAUGAAUGUAAAGAAUGUAAGAAAACUUUCUACCACCUGUCAUCUCUCAGUAGACAUUUGAGAACUCAUGCAGGAGAGAAACCCUACGAAUGUAAUCAGUGUGAGAAAUCCUUCUACCAGAAGCCACACCUCAUGGAACAUCAGAAAACACACACAGGAGAGAAACCCUAUGAAUGUACUGAAUGUGGGAAGUUCUUCUACGUUAAGGCAUACCUCAUGGUACAUCAGAAAACACACACAGGGGAGAAACCAUAUGAAUGUAAGGAAUGUAGGAAAUCCUUUUCCCAGAAAUCACACCUCACAGUACAUCAGAGAACACAUACAGGGGAGAAACCCUAUAAAUGUAAGGAAUGUGGGAAAUUCUUCUCUAGAAAUUCACACCUCAAAACUCAUCAGAGAACUCACACGGGAGAGAAACCCUAUGAAUGUAGGGAAUGUGGGAAAUGCUUCUACCAGAAGUCAGCCCUAACAGUACAUCAGCGAACUCACACAGGGGAGAAACCCUUUGAAUGUAAUAAAUGUGGAAAAAACUUUUACUAUAAAUCAGACCUCACUAAACAUCAGAGAAAACACACAGGGGAGAAGCCCUAUGAAUGUAAUGAAUGUGGUAAAUCUUUCUCUGUGAAUUCCGUCCUCAGAUUACAUCAAAGGACUCACACAGGGGAGAAACCCUAUGAAUGUAAAGAAUGUGGGAAAUCCUUCUCUCAGAAAUCACAUUUUGUCAUACAUCAGAGAAAACACACAGGAGAGAAACCCUAUGAAUGUCAGGAGUGUAAGGAAACUUUUUUCCAGAAAUCAAAACUCACUGCACAUCAGAAGACACACACAAAGGGAAAAGCUUAUAAAGAGUAUAAAUUGGAAAGUUCUUCUGUCUGAAUUUAUCCUUCAGAAUAAUCAGAUAAUUUACAUGAGACAAAAACCUUAUGAAAUAUCAUCAGUAUGGGAAAAUUUCAGCCACAGUCUUUCAUCAUG